UCGCAUCGAUUUCCUGUACGAGGACGCGCCGAUAGCUGGACAACAAUUGAGACCGCAGCAGCCCGCGCGACGUUAACGAGCGUUACUUUGCGGGCUCGCGGAGGGGCUCGCGAGGCACCGCCGUUAACAGUCGUGUAUUGGCUGGCGAGGAGAGGGUGCAGAGAGCGGCCGAGGCGGUGCUUCAGCUUGACAGGAGGAAUCCUCUCCUCCCUCCCUCACUCUCUGCCCCGCACUAGUUCGCGUCCUCCACUCCCAGCGACCUGCCGCCUUCAUUUGAAGUGAACGGCUGCUUUCCCUUUUCACCGCCUCGAAAACACGCACAAAAAAAAUAAAAGGAAUUUCACCGACCUGCAGUGCUGCGACGCGACGGUCUCAAAAAACAGCGAGGAGCCGAGCAAAAAAAGGCAGUUAGCGCAGAAGCAGGCACCAUGUCCACCCCCACAAACCCAGAGGUGAAGGAACUGAACCCUGUCGACUUUAUCCAGCUUCAGCAGUACAUUGAAUACUGCAGCUUGAAGGUGAAAGAUGUGUUAAAAGAAUUUGAUGCUGAAGGGAGACUGGCCCGGCAUCGACACGGAGAGUGCAUCAAUGAGGAGGGCUUUCGUUUGUUUCUGAAGACUUAUUUAGAAGUGGAGGACUUCCCUGUGGAUCUCUGCCAAAGACUCUUCCGCUCCUUCCAAAACUCUGAACCCUCCCAGGAAGACAGCACUAAGGAGGUCUUUCUCAAGGAUGUUUCAUGUUACUUUUCUCUGCUGGAGGAUGGCCAGCCCAGAGACAAACUAGAAUUUGCUUUCAGGCUUUAUGACAGAGAUGGGAAUGGAGUCCUUGACAGCUCUGAAGUUGAUCGGAUUAUCCUUCAGAUGAUGCACGCUGCAGAAUAUCUUGACUGGGAUGUGUCAGAGCUCAAGCCAGUUCUGAAGGACAUGAUGAAAGCAAUCGAUGCAGACAGCAGUGGCACAGUGUCUCUGGAGGAGUGGGUCGAGGGAGGCAUGAACAACGUUCCCUUGCUCGUCCUGCUGGGUUUGAAGAUGACUCAAAGGGACGGUCAGCACCUUUGGAGAAUGAAAAAUUUCAACAAGCCUGUGUACUGCAACGUGUGUCACAACAUGCUGCUGGGUUUGAGGAAGCAAGGCCUGUGUUGCACCUGCUGUAAAUACACAGUCCAUGGACGGUGUGCCAACAGGAACCCAGCGCCGUGCGCCAGGACUUAUGUGAAGUCAAAAAAGGAAACAGGGAUUGCAGCACAUGACUGGGUGAGUGGGAACUGUGAUUCCAGGAAGUGUGAUAGAUGCCAAAAGAAGAUCAAGAGUCUCCACGGCUUAACCGGCAAACACUGCGUGUGGUGCCACACGAUGCUUCAUGAUGAAUGUGCAGACAAGGAGCCAAAAGAGUGUACCUGUGGGCCUCUCAGGGACCAUAUCCUGCCUCCGUGGGCAAUAUAUCCUGUUAUAAAGGAGAGGCCAAACAAUGUGAAGAAUGGCUCUGUUGGCUCUACAGAUGAGAGUGACCUCAAUAUAACCCCCGAUGGACAAGUGCUUCAGAUCGUUCCUGUGCCAAAUACCCACCCUCUUCUAGUGUUUGUCAACCCUAAAAGUGGUGGCAAGCAAGGAGAAAGAAUCCUGCGUAAAUUCCAGUAUUUGCUUAAUCCACGGCAGGUUUACAACCUUUCAAAUGGUGGUCCUGGACCAGGACUGAGCUUCUUCAGAAAUCUGCAGGACUAUAGAAUAUUAGUUUGUGGUGGAGACGGCACAGUCGGCUGGAUUCUAGAUGCAAUAGAUAAAGCCAGUCUGCUGGUGCGGCCACCUGUCGGCGUGCUUCCUCUGGGCACAGGAAAUGACCUUGCUCGAUGUCUGCGUUGGGGAGGAGGCUAUGAUGGAGAAUGUUUGAUUCGCAUUCUAAAAGAUAUCGAAGUGAGCACGGAGGUGCUGAUGGACCGCUGGAGUGUGCAGGUCAUCACAGAUGAGAAUCAGGAGGAGGGUGACCCAGUGCCGUAUGAGAUCAUAAACAACUACUUCUCCAUUGGAGUUGAUGCCUCCAUUGCCCACCGAUUUCACACCAUGAGGGAAAAACAUCCUCAGAAAUUCAACAGCAGAAUGAAGAACAAGCUGUGGUAUUUUGAAUUUGCCACCUCAGAAACCAUCUCUGCUUCCUGCAAGAAGCUGAACGAGAGCCUGACAAUAGAGUGUUGUGGCACUCCUUUGGAUCUCAGUGGCCUGUCUAUGGAGGGGGUGGCUGUCCUUAACAUUCCAAGCAUGCAUGGUGGUUCCAACUUAUGGGGUGAGACCAAAAGAGUUGAUGCUAAGGGGCAGACAAGUCAGGAAGAGCCUGAGGUGAUCGUCAACCCUGAGACCUUGAAAGUGACUUCCCAAGAUCUCAGUGACCGUCGUUUAGAGGUGGUUGGUCUCGAAGGAGCAAUGGAGAUGGGUCAGAUAUACACUGGCCUCAAGAGUGCCGUGCGGCUUGCAAAGACUUCACAGAUCACCAUCAGGACAAAGAAAGCUUUACCAAUGCAGAUUGAUGGCGAGCCGUGGAUGCAGCCCCCCUGCACGAUUCACAUCACACACAAGAAUCAAGCCUCUAUGCUGAUGGCUCCUCAGGCCAAAACAGGUUUUUUCAACAAGUAAAACAACCUGACGUAACGCAUGACAUAAUGUCAAUUGUAUAUGACAAACUGACCAUUUUCUCUCUAAAAAAUGUUUUAAUGUAUAUGUUGUUUAUAAUUGACAUCAUAACAGAAAAAUUAACUAUUUCAAAGUCUUUACAACAUGUAAACGAAGCAUGGCAUUGUAUGAAAACAAACUUAAGUGUAAAACAUGUUUGCAUUGUGGCAAAAGGAUUUUACUAAAAUAUUCUCAUUGUUUUUAAUUGGUCCUCUUUCACAGUAAGCUCUGUAGAAACCUGAAGUAAGGUUAAAGUCAGUUAAAUGUCACGCUAAAAGAAUAUUAUCUGCCUUUUAUGACAUGUUGACUCUAGUUAUGGUGAUUUAGAAAAUAUUCAGACCGCUGUGCACUACACACUUUGAGCGUAAACCAUGUAGUAUUGUUUUGAUAUGCCUGUAAAUACGCUUUAAAAGCCAGAUGGAUAGAUAUUCAGGUUAUAUCAGAGCCAAGAGAAAAGUAAAGGCAAAGCUACAUUUUGAAUUCAGGCUAAUUUUCUUAGUUUUUUUCCACUUAUUUCAGAUGAUACUUGAAAGUGUUUUGGGGAACAGAAAAAUAACGUCAACUGUUCCUUGGUGUGAGUGUGUUUAUGAAAGUCUUUUGAGCUUUUUUGUGGACCAAUUUCGGUUUGUGCGUGUGCAUGUGUUUUAGGUGAGAGCUACACUCCCAAGAGCAGUAAAAUGAGUGUUCACCUCUUGUGUGAACUUUGAAUGAGUAGAAUUUAAAACUAUUAAUUCUUACUGCUUUAAUUGAAUGUAAUCUUUAUUUAAAUGCGUUAUCACUCAUAUCAUUUAGAAAUAUCUUGAGGAUGUAAAUGUAAAAUGCCUGAAGUAACUGGGUAUGUAAAGAUUUUAAUAAAUCUUCUGGAUUUCA